CACAACGAGACCGGACACAACCAGUUGCAGUCGCUACCGACCAGCGAAGCGUAUUGAGAGAACCGUCCAACAGGUGGCCAGCCAGCGGCAGAAGCUACUCUCCCGUUUUCCUACCAGUAGUACCGGGGUGCGCAACUGCGCACACCGUCCACCGCCGUCACUAUUGCGCUGCUGGAAGCGAUGCCGGGAGCCUGUCACCGGCUGCGGAUACCUUCGAUCGGUUCGAGCCGUCCUCCAAAGGGUGGCGCCGUAGCAGGUGGACCACCGUCGUCAACCUCGACGACAUCGACGGCAUCGGCAUCUGGUGCCGCCUGUAACGAUGACAUCUUCAGCUGCGACGGUGGACCGUUGUCACCACCGGCAUCGGCCGGUGCCGUGAAGAAGGAACGCCACCGGGUCACGAUGAUGGGUGCGGCCCGGGUCGGCAAAUCGUCCAUCAUCUCGCAGUUCCUGUACGAGAAGUACCUGUCGCGGUACAAGCAAACGAUCGAGGAGAUGCACCGGGGCGAGUACGAGCUGCCGGAUGGAUCGAGCCUGACGCUCGACAUCCUUGACACGUCCGGUUCCUACCAGUUCCCGGCCAUGCGCGCCCUCUCGAUCAACACGAGCGGUGCCUUCAUUCUGGUGUACGCGGUGGACGACGAGGAAACCUGGAACGAGGUGGAACGAUUGCGUGAACAGAUCAUUUCGGUGCGCGGUUCCCGGGUACCGAUCGUAAUCGUCGGCAACAAAGCGGACGUACCGGAAGAGCAGCGCCAGAUACCGUUCAAGGUGGCCAGAUCGCGGGCACUGCUCGAGUGGGGCUGCGGUUACGCCGAGUGUUCGGCCAAAAACAACGAAGGCAUCCUGACGGUGUUCAAGCAGCUGCUCCGUCAGGCGAACAUCGAGUACAACCUCAGCCCGGCGGUUCGCCGUCGCCGGAAGUCACUGCCGAGCUAUACCGGUGGUUCGAAUCCGGCCCGGGCCAACACCACGCGCUACUACCUGAAGCGCCACUCGUGCUCGGUGCAGUGAGCCCUUCCCGGAAUCCCGGAACGAUCCGCACAACGAUGAUGACUCACCAAUAAAUAAGGAGACAGAACUGAUAGAAAGGGUGCCAGGUGGCAGGUGGCAGGUGGAUGGAUGAAUGAUGAAGGUGUGUCCUGCUUGUGCGUACCUUGGCGAAAGCAUGCCCGAGGUUUCAUUGUUGAACUGAAACGAGGGAGUGGGAGCGAGUUUUGAGCUUUUUUGGAUUCAUAUUGUAACGAACAAAUAGGAUAAUAUGCUGUUUAUGCUAACGCGCCGCCAUACCCGAGUGUACGGUGUCACCGCUUGCUUGAUUGUUCCCUGUUGUGCGUAGGUUUGAGUUUCGACAAAUUUGCAUGUUCUUUGUGGAGAGGGAGAGAGGAAGAGAAAGCGUGAAAGAGAGAUAGAAAAAGAGAGAGGAACCCGUACAACCUUUUGGAUCGUAGAUUUUUCAACGGAACAAUGAUGUUUGUAACUCCGCGCGGAACACAACAAACCGCGCGUGUUUAUGUUUUUCUGUGUCCAAGAUAAGAAUAGGGUAUGUAGUGAAAGAUUUUCCC